UCCUGAUUUUGGAUAGUGACUGGGUAAUACACUGUGGCCUGAGAGAGAGGAAAUUAUAAUGAGAAAUGGGGCUAGGCAGCAUCCCCUCAUCCCUCGCCAUCCCCUCAGGUGCUCCCGGGGUCAGCUCGGUCUGUUGGAGCAUGGUACUGACAGCACCAAGAUGGUGGGUUUGAUCCCUUCUGUGGGCCAUUCACUUCAUGAUCACUACAUGAUCACUGCGGGUCCCUUCCAAUUCAGAGUAUGCUGUGGUCCCCUCAGUGCCCUCCAUCCCCUCAGCCCAGCGCAGCUCCCGCCCUCCCCGCGCACUUGGCCGCGCCGAUGGCGCAGUGCCGGCGGGCAGGCCGGGCUGGGCAGGAAGGGGCGGGCUCUGGCGGCGGUAGUCGGUGCUCGGUUCCCGGCUCGCGGUGCUCGGUUCCCGGUGCUCGGUACUCGGCCGGGCCGGCGGCAGGUGAAAAUGGCUGCGGAGGAGAAGUGGAAAGGCUGGGCUUCGAAACAGCAAAAGGAGGCUGAGCACGGCGGGGAGAGGGAGCCGGGUGUGCUCCUGGGCCGGCAGCUGGCUGAACCCGGGAGAUUCGCGUACGCGGCGCUGUGCGGCACAUCCCUCGCCUGGCUGUUCCCUGAAAACGAGCAGAGCUCCUUCAGGACAGAAUUCAUCAAGGGCUUUGUGAAGUGGCUGGACCUGCCUGAUGCUGUCUUACCUGCCAUGACAGCCUUUGCUGAUGGCUUAGGAGGUGAGGGCACAGAAACUUUCACUGAAAUUUUGCGGAAGGAUCCCAUCUUGAAAGAAAAUCCACUUCUCAUUACCCAGGGCCUUUUAUCAUUCUCUCUUCAAGAUGGAUCCUAUGAUGCUCGAGCUAGGGUAUUGAUCUGCCAUGUCAGCUGGCUGCUGAGAAUUCCCUUGGAAGAUCUGGAAGUCCUGGAGGAAUCUCUGCUUGAGAGCCUGAAGGAACAAAAAGAGGAAGAGUCAGAAACUGCAGAAGUCUCAAGAAAAAAGAAGGAAAGAAGGAAAAAGCUGCAGAGAUACCUGCUGAUCGGUCUGGCAACUGUUGGGGGUGGAACAGUGAUUGGUCUGACAGGAGGCCUGGCUGCCCCUCUGGUUGCUGCAGGAGCUGCCACGAUCAUUGGGAGUGCUGGAGCAGCUGCUUUAGGAUCCACUGCUGGGAUUGCUGUCAUGGCAUCCCUUUUUGGAGCAGCAGGAGCUGGUCUUACUGGAUACAAAAUGAAGAAACGUGUGGGAGCCAUAGAAGAGUUUGAAUUCCUCCCACUUACGGAAGGGAAGCACCUCCACAUCACCAUAGCAAUCACUGGAUGGCUGUGCACUGGCAAAUAUGGGAGCUUCACAGCCCCGUGGAGCAGCAUGUUGCACUCGAGUGAGCAGUACUGCCUGGCCUGGGAAUCCAAGUAUUUGAUGGAGCUUGGCAACGCCUUGGAUUCCCUGCUGAAUGGUUUUGUGAACAUGAUGGCUCAAGAAGCCCUAAAAUUCACUGUCUUGUCAGGGAUUGUGACAGCCUUGACUUGGCCGGCGUCGCUCCUGACAGUUGCCAGUGUCAUUGACAACCCCUGGGGAGUGUGUCUGCAUCGCUCUGCUGAAGUGGGCAAACACCUCGCACACAUCCUGCUCAGCAGACAGCAGGGCCAGAGACCUGUCACUGGCUUCAGCCUGGGUGCCAGAGUCAUUUACUUCUGCCUGCAGGAAAUGGCUCAGGAAAAAGACUCACAAGGGAUCAUUGAAGACGUUGUCUUACUGGGAGCUCCAGUGGAAGGAGAAGCCAAGCACUGGAGAGCUCUCACCAGAGUGGUGUCAGGCAGGAUCAUAAAUGGCUUCUGCAGGGGGGACUGGCUGCUGAGUUUUGUUUACAGAACCUCCUCUGUCCAGCUCAACGUCGCAGGCCUCCAGCCAGUCGACCUGGAUGACAGGAGGAUGGUGAACAUGGACCUUUCCUCUGUGGUAAACGGCCACCUGGACUACGUGAAGCAGAUGGACAUAAUCCUAAAAGCCGUGGGCAUUAAAACCAAGGAAUGCCAGCUGGAAGAGAAGGGCAGUGGCAGGCUUUUUUCCCCUCAAGCCAAGAAAUCUCAGCGGGCAGCUGGCAACAAGGCUCAGGGAGAGGAAAACACCAGGAAAGAGGAGGAUGAGGCUGGGAGUGAGGCUCUCCCAGCCAGCUGUGCUCACCAGCAGAAUUCCUCCAGCUCUGCCCUGGGAGAACCCUCGCCUUCCUGCCCAGACUGCUCAUGCAGCACAGACAGCAAGGACCAGGCAGUGGGGAAGGGAGCAAAUUAGGGCAGAGCCGCUCAGCCAGCACAAAACCGCUGUCAGCACAUCCGUGGUACUGGGAUUCCCAGAGGAUGGAGCUGGCGGAGCUGCAGCUGCAGUUUCCAGCCCCUCCAGAGAAAAGUGUGGCACUGGCCGGCACUGGAUCAAAGCGCUUGGAGCAGCCGCCCACGGCAGCUCCCCGACACAAGAGAGGGCUGAUUCCUGCCAGAGUCUGGAAUCCUGAGUCUGCUCCUCAGGAAUCCAAGAUAGAUCCCAUCCAAAUCCUUACAGGAAGCAGCUGCACCCCUCAGCACCGUGUCCCUGCUGUGACUGGGGGACGCAGGUGGCUCUGAGGGGAUUUUAGGCAUUUCACAGAAAGGGAUUCAUUGCUAGGAAAUUAAAACCAUUUUUCCACUGGAGAUGAAUUUGGUUUGAGGAUCUCAGGUGUGUUCCGGGCUCUAGCUGCCCCACUCCAGAGAGAUCCUCAUCUGCUCUCCAGCUCCACUGACCAGGAGCAGAAAGGCUUGGUCUGCCAGGCUUCUUUCCCCCACCUGCUGCAGGUUUGCUGCCAGGGCUUGGGCACUUUCCCAUCUCCAAGAUGGUUUCCUUGUCUCCAGGCUGGGUUGGUGGGUGCUGGAGGCCCUGUUCCUGUUAGAAACAUGUUUGGGACCCUGGGUGAAAGCAGCAGGAAAACCAAGGGGGUUUUGGAUGGUUUAUGAAAAUUCCUCCUGGGUUCUCCAAACCAGCAACCCAAUGAGACUUUCCUUUUGUGUCCCACAGACAUCUCCAGCCUUAAAAGCCCCAUCCAGACAUAUUUUUAAUUGGCUUAGAACAAAACCAAUACUUGGCACAGGAUAAACAUGGAUCUGUUUGAUUUCUACUUCAUUCCAUAAAAGUGAGUUGGCUCCACUCUCUUCAUCCCCAGUCUCAGAGCAGAGGGAAGGACCCAGCUCCACAUCCCCUGCCAGCACAGCUCCAGAGCCUUGUGGGAAUGAUCCACAUCUUCCAUAAAAGCCCCUUUUCUGGCCAGUUUUGCUGCUGAGCCCAGGCAAGUGCAUCAGCAGGAGUGUGGCAGGUGGGUAACCCCACUCUGUGGUUUUAUGCCACAAGGGAGGGUUCAAACUCUCCCACCCCCAUCUGGGGGGGUCCUGUUGACUCAUGAGAGGGAAAAUACUGGGAUUGCACCUUCCAAUUUUGGUUCAAACAGGGUUCUCGCCCUCCUCCUCCCCACUGACACAACAGCCAUGUUAAUCCCCCCUCCCAUUCCCAGCUUCCUACAAACCUUACCUGCAGAUCAUUCCUCAUGGAGUCAGACACAGCUGGGUUUGGGGGUGACCCAGCAAAGCACCGUGGUUUGGAUACAGUGCCUGACAAUUCCUCUCCCUAAAUCCAGCAUCCCAGGGGGUUCAGACCUGCCCAGCUCUGACCUGGAGUGGUGCCUCACUGUGGAGCUGGGAGGGACUGGCUGUGGGAUCCCACAGGGAUGGGGCUGUUCAGCCAGCUGCUGUUGGUGCCCUUGGCUGCAGGGUUGGGAUGGAAUUCCUCUGCUCAUCCAAGGGUUUGUCCACAAGCAAACACCUAAUUACACAGAACUGCCUGCAUGAGACAGUAAGGAAUUAUUGCUUUUGAAUGUUUGGCUUGAAGAGGUGACUCUCCCUCUCUCUCCAUCUCCCAAGGCUAAUUUGGUACCUAACAAACUUCCAGACUCCACAGUACCUUUUUCUGCUCCUUUUUAACUUGGAUUGUAGUCCAAGCUUGUAUUUAUAUAAAGCCAUUGUGGGAAGAUGCACAUCUUGAUCUGAGUGCUCAACACCAGCCCCAAGAUCCAUCUGUAGCAAAAUGCAUUGAACAGUUUGAGGUUUGAGCCUGAGCUUGGCCCUCGGCGUGUCCCGGUCACUCAUCCCUGGCUCCCAAGGGAUUUGUGGCAAAGAAAUGCUGGCUUGGUCAUACAAACUCCUGUUCAGUUCUGGAACAUCCAUGGGCAACAUGGAGAGAAAACUGGAAGUGGCCUGGCGUGUGGCUGCUUCUCCCUGCAUCCUGUAUCCACGGGAAGCUCUGUGUCCAUUUAGGUAUCAAGGAGUUCCAGGAGAACAGUCUUGGAAUUAGGCAGUAGGCUUGGAGUGAAGGGUCCAGGGAGGCCACAGCAGCCAACUGCCAGCCCAAAGGCACUUGAGAAAGAAUUUACUAAAAUAAUUUGCUUUAUUGAUUUUUUUAAAGUGCCCACUUUGUCACAUUUACUCAGUGUUCCAUUUGCUUAUGGCUCUGGGGAAGGGGGGGGGGGCAUUGUCAUUUAAAAUACAAUAUUCCUUUAGAUUCUUAUUUAAAGGGGAGAAAAGUGUAUUUUCUAUCUGCAUCAUCGAGGACGUGAUGGAUUGUCGGAGGGAAGCGAGAUGGUCCUGCCAGGAGUGGGAAGCUGUGGGAUGGAACCUGUGGGAGGAGCUGAUCCCAUUGCUACUGCGAGACACGCAUGGAGCCACUGUGAAUUGCACCCCACACCCCCACUGAACAUCCAAACAUCAGUGUUGGACAUUCUGCACCAAAUUCAGCCCCUGCAGUGCAGCUCUGUGUGACAAGCCACGGCUGAGCUGGAGUGCACUGUGUGACAGGAACCCAAGACAGACACGACUCCAGUGAGGAGAUCCAGCCCCAGCUCCAGGAAGAUGUGAUGUUCUGUGGGCUGAAGCAGCCCCAAACCUCAGUGUUCCUGCUGAAGCAGCCAUGAGCCACAGGACGUGUUUUCCACCACUCCCCUCAGUGCACUUGGAGGAGAUCUGCUGAGCUCUGUGUGUGCAAAACCAAGCCUUGGUUUGAGGUUAGGGACACAGAGAGUCUGGAAUCUGAGGUUCAGACUCACCAGAGAUGGAAAGGCCACAGGAAUGGUUAGGGGAUGGUGGUGGUGAGCACAGGAGGGAUGAAAGAGAGAGAGACAAAGCAGGUUAAUUCAGCAGCAACACCCAGCUUUGCACGGUUUGAUCCUCCUUGUGAUAGCACCCAGGGCCACCAUCCCUUCCGUGAGCUGCACCGUGUGCAGGAAGAGGGAAUUUGGGAGAUGGCUUGUGGCAAAUUAGCUCCCAGAUGGUUUGUGAUAGGCUCCUGGGAUCCUUCCUAGCACACAGAGCUCCGUGUUCCCGCUCAGGCCACAGGGGUGCCGAGCUGCAGCUCCGUGUCUGGUGGCUCCGCAUCCCAAAGGCUGAUGGAGCGGGCGCCGGGGCCCCGCGGGGCCGGGAGCAGCCUGGGCUCACUCCCCGGUGCCCCAGAGUCGAUGGAGUCGGUCUCAGCCUGCAGGGUGAGGACGUUCUUGAGGGACGUGGCAGCGCGGGGCCC